ACAAACUUUAAUAUAUAUCAUUAAAGUGUAAGAAAGCGAUUCCAUGUCAAUCGCCGGAUACUUAGGGUAUUUUCACUAUUUUGAAUCGAAUUACAUAAAAUAACAACAUGUAAGUUUAAACAAAUAAAAAAUCGAUAGCGCCAAAUAAAUCGAUAUAAUGAAAUACUCUUACAACCGAUACUGUUAAAAAAGCCAUUGAUAGUUUGCCGAUUUAACUUGUGUAUUAUUCGUGUCUUGUUGGAAAAAUCAAAACAAUUUAUAAAUUGGUUUUUAUUCACUGUACGGAAUGUUUUACGAGCAAUCGUGUUUACUGUGCUUGGAAAAAACCAGCGCAACUGAUGGUCGAAUAAAUAUUGAUUCUGAAGAUCCGCAAUCAGUAAAGAUUCAUGAGGCAAUUAAACAACAUUUUAGAGAAGAGCUUAGUAUGAUACCUUUUUUAACAACCAAAGUCGUGUGUAACCAAUGCUGGGAAUUGGUACAAUCUUUUGAUGAGUUUUAUGUUCGUGUACAGAAGGCGCACUUAGCAGCGAGCGACAAACUUAAAUCUUUGCAAGAGUUGGAGAUAGAAGUAAAAGAAAUUAAAGUGGAAACGAACACGUUAGAGGAGUUUAUUUCUCUUCCAAAUCGUCGAAGUAAGCACUCACGCGGUCUCGAAACUGUUGAGAAAAAUGUGGAGUACAAGUCAAUUGCUCCACAAGGAAACGGAUAUAACACUGAACAGGAUCAGGAUGUAAAUGAAGAAAAUCUUGUUAUUAAGUGUGAAGCUAUACAAGAUGAUACAUUAGAUGCAAAAAAUUCACCGCAGAUUUUAGAAGAUGAGAGUGAAUCACGGAGCUCAGUAUCAGAAGACGUUAAAAAGCAUGAAGAAGAGAAGGCAUUGCAACGUGCCCCACAUAAAAUAUUGCGGGCUAAAGGAAGGCCAAGAAAAAAACGGACAAAAGAAAAGAGAGAAACGAAGCAACAAAAUAAAAAGCGACAUAAAACUACGGGCUAUGAUGAAUUUAUUGCACAAAAUUUUACAUUAAUCUGCUUUCUUUGUCAAAAGUCUCUAACAGACUUUAAGGAAUUAAAAAGUCAUUUUCGCAAGCACCACAAAACAAUUGGAUAUGUAAUGUGUUGUGGCAAGAAAUUACUUAACCGAGGUGUGCUUGUUGAUCAUAUUAAUGUUCACAACAACCCAGAAUAUUUCAAAUGUCAACACUGCGCGAAGGUAUUAUGUGAUCGAAAUGGUCUCGAAAAGCAUUUGCAGUAUUUUCAUGGUUCCAGAGAACGUACUUAUCAUUGCACUAUUUGUUCCAAAAGCUUUUUCAGCAGUAAAGUUCUAGCUCGACAUUGUCUAAUACAUGCACCAGACGAACAGAAAAAUAUUAAGUGCACACAAUGCGAUAAAGCAUUCAGUAAUAAGUACAGCAUGAAGCAACACUUAGCGCUUGUUCAUCUAAAUUUAUAUGCGAAGAUAUGUGAUAUUUGUGGCAAGGCUUUAAACGGAAAUGAAGCAUUUCGACGGCAUCAGGAGGAACAUGCUGGUAUACCCGCGUCCUCUGUGAAGUGUAAUUUAUGUAAUGCAGAGCUUAAGACAAAAUACGGAUUGGCGCGGCACAUGAAAACUAUGCAUACCGAGAAGUAUCAAACUCCCCAAGUCUGUCCAUUUUGCUCUAAAUUAUCUCCAACUCUAAUGGCACAUAGAAGCCAUAUUGAGUAUAUGCACCUCAAUAAAAAAAAGCAUGCCUGCAAGCUUUGUGACAAAGCAUUCAAAUCGCCAAAAAGCCUACAAGAACAUAUGACAACACAUACAGGAGAAGUUUUCUGUACUUGCACAUUUUGUCCCCAAACGUUCAAUUCUAAAUCGAACAUGUACACUCAUCGUAAACGAAAGCAUCCAAAAGAAUGGGCAGAAAAAUGUGCAAAAAAAAGAAUUUCCAUUGGAAUGGGGCAAAAUAUUCAAAAAGAUGUGGCACCCAUGAUAGAGCUGUCUGAUGCAAGCAAAGCAAAUAGCGAAAAUAAUAAAAUGUUUAAUGAUACAUAUUCUUUGUUAUGCCUAGAAGGUUCAAAGAAGCUAGUAGACUUAGAUCCCAAAGAAGACAAAGGUUUAAAUAAGCGAGAAGUCAUUGAGCUACAUUUCAAGGAAGAGGUGUAUAUUAACACUAUAACACUCAUGUUACGGAAGAUCAAAAAACGGUACCAUGCUUGGAGUGCGACAAAACAUGGCGCUGAAUUGAGAAAGCACAUGAGACUUACACAUUUGAAUUCAUAUGCAAAAAUAUGUGAUAUUUGUGGUAUAUCAAUAAAAGGUAGGGACGCUCUUGAAAGGCAUCAAUCAGAGCAUGCAGGUAUCCCGCGUAAGCUAAUAAAAUGUGAUUUAUGCGAUGCUGCACUUACUACAAAAUACGGUUUAGCACGUCACAUGAAGACCAUGCAUACAGAAGAGUAUCAAACGCCGCAAGUUUGUCCUAUUUGUUCCAAAGUCUCACCAUCUCUACAGGCUCAUCGUAACCACAUAAAAUAUAUGCAUUCCUUACAAAGGAAACAUGUGUGCAAGUUAUGCGAUAAGGCAUUCAAAAGACUUACCGAUUUCAAAGAGCACAUGGCGACCCAUACCGGAGAAGCACUAUAUACCUGUAGUUUUUGCCCGCAAACAUUUAAAUCAAAUGCCAAUAUGUAUUCGCACCGAAAGAAGAAACACGUGGAGUGGGCUGAGCAAUGCGCGUUGAAAAAAAGUUUAGCAGUACCUUUAAAGCAAGCUACUUCAGUUGAUCACUGAAGCCAUAUUUGACGCACUGCAUGAGAGAAAUUUUUGAAUAAAAUAAACCAAUAAAUCAAACAAAAGAUAUCAUAGACCAGACCUCACACUGCUUUAUGACUUAAUUCAUAGCAAUAGAUUUGAGCAAUUAAUUUAAUAAAUAAAACACAAAGCAAAUG